AUGGUGAAAGAAGGUGCGAAAGAGAAUACGAUCAAAUGCGAUAAGAAGAAACAGCAAAUGACAAUGAAGAUGACCAACAUUAAGAAGAAGAGCAUGGAGCUCUCCUCCCUCUGCGACAUCGACGUAUGUUUUAUCUGUUUGGAAGAAAAUGGAAGAAUAGAGUCUUGGCCGGAUAAUUUAAAUCAAGUUAAGCCCAUUCUUGAACGCUACAAAAAAGAAGUUUCAAAGAGGAAGAAGAAGACGUCCACUACUAUUGCAGCAACAGAUCAUGUUCAAACAUCUAAAUCUGGAUCGUCUAAAGCUAGAAUCGGACCUCUACUUGACGGGUUGUCUCAGAACCUGACCAAUUCUCUUAAACAUGCACCUGAGGUAUCAAAUUUCUGCUCCACUCACCCAAAGAAAGUUCAGGAUGCAGAUAACCAACAGGAAGGAAAUAGGGGCACAUACCCCAUUACGUCUCAUAAAAACAAAGACACUCUGGCUAAAGAAGGAAAAGAUGACAACUCUGAAUUUGUGAGCAAGAGCAUAAAUGUCAACUCUGGAAAAGCUCCAGGUAUGCAUUCUUCCACUAUAACAUUCGAUAAUUCUGUUAAGAUGAAUAUCAACGGAGAUAAGAGCAAAAAUGAAAUACAUACUGAUUGUCCAAAUAAACAAACUUUUUCAAAUGAAUUUGUUGCUGAUUCUUUUGGGAAUCAGAAUCAAUCCGAUAAAACUGGUAAGUCACAGAGGAAAAAAAGAAAGCAAAAUAAAACAGAGGCGACCAACAAGAAGAAGGAAAUUACAUAG